GUUUUGUUGGCUUCAAGUUAUCUGCCACCACAAUUAUCAUCAUUGAGACAUGAAAGCUUCAAUUUCACUGUCACGACUGUUCUGACGGAAUCGACGAUCAGAAAACGCUGCACCCAAAAUGAGGCCACAAUCACGCCGCCGUGAAAUUCCGGCAUCAUCCAUGCCCCGUUGACGCUGAAUCCACUCCACUAUCUCCACAGAUUAUGGCUCCAAUCAACUGUUCCUAGCAUUUCACCGCCGAAUAUGGACGCUCUCUUUGUCCAUCACUCUUAUAUCCGCCGCACCACCAACGACGGAGCUCACUCGACCGCCAUACCUGUUCCCCGCUUCUCCCUACGUUCUUCACUGAUCGGAAUCAAGCUACUUCAUCUUCAUUCUAAGAACUUCCCCUAUCCUCGCCUCCGUCGCAUCCCUUGCGCCCCCGAGGGCGCCGGUCACCAUCACGGCCACCACCAUGGGUGCCAGCACCAUUGCGACGGUGAUGGAGUGGAGCCGACUGGAGCUCAGAAGGCGUUUAUUCGAUUUGCCAAAGCUAUUAGGUGGACGGAGUUGGCGAAUUAUUUGAGGGAGCAUCUACAGUUGUGUUGCGGUUCUGCUGCUUUGUUUCUGACUGCGGCUGCGUGUCCUUAUUUGGUGCCUAAACCUGCUGUGAAGCCUCUGCAGAAUGUUCUCGUUGCUGUUGCCUUCCCUUUAGUCGGGGUCUCUGCUUCUCUUGAUGCUCUUACUGAUAUUAGUGGUGGGAAAGUGAACAUCCAUGUACUAAUGGCGCUUGCAGCCUUUGCAUCAAUAUUUAUGGGGAACCCCUUGGAAGGAGGACUACUUCUCGUGAUGUUUAAUCUGGCUCAUAUUGCUGAAGAGUAUUUCACAAAGCAAUCAAUGAUUGAUGUUAAAGAGUUGAAGGAAAGCCAUCCAGAUUUUGCUCUUGUUUUGGAUAUGAAUGAUGAUAACCUUCCUGAUACAUCAGAUCUGGAGCAUAGAAGGGUGCCGGUGCGUGACGUGGAAGUGGGCUCAUAUAUCUUGGUGGGAGCUGGUGAGUCUGUCCCUGUAGAUUGUGAGGUUUAUCAAGGUUGUGCUACAAUCACUGUUGAGCACUUGACAGGAGAAGUCAAACCGUUGGAAAUAAAGGUUGGGGAAAGAGUUCCCGGUGGAAUACUUCUGAAAGGUGGACAUGUGCUUGAUGCUAUGGCUUCUUGCCACACUGUUGCAUUCGAUAAAACUGGGACAUUGACCACCGGGGGACUUGUGUUUAAAGCCAUAGAACCCAUUUUUGGGCACAAGGUUGGAGGAGAAAAAACACAUCUAGCUUCCUGCUGCAUACCCAGCUGUGAAAAAGAAGCCCUUGCAGUGGCAGCUGCCAUGGAAAAGGGUACUACUCACCCAAUUGGAAGAGCUGUAGUGGAUCAUAGUGCGGGGAAAGACCUUCCUUCUAUUUCCGUUGAAAGUUUUGAGUAUUUUCCUGGAAGAGGUCUCAUUGCAACUCUGCAUGGCAUUAAGUCAGGAAUUGGAGGUAAACUGCGGAAAGCAUCCCUUGGUUCUGUGGAUUUCAUCACUUCCUUUUGCAAAUCCGAAAAUGAAUCAAGGAAAAUCAAGGAAGCUGUUAGAGCAUCAUCAUAUGGAAGUGAAUUUGUGCAUGCUGCUCUUUCAGUUGAUCAAAAGGUAACACUGAUUCACCUUGAGGAUCAGCCUCGGCCUGGAAUGUUAAAUGCAAUAUCAGAAUUACAAGAUCAUGCAAAAGUCCGUGUUAUGAUGUUAACAGGUGAUCAUGACUCAAGUGCAUGGAAAGUUGCGAACGCUGUGGGCAUAAAUGAAGUUUACUACAGUCUUAAGCCCGAGGACAAACUUGCUCACGUAAAGGAAAUCUCAAGGGAGAUGGGGGGCGGUCUCAUCAUGGUUGGUGAAGGUAUAAAUGAUGCUCCUGCACUUGCUGCAGCGACUGUGGGAAUAGUUCUUGCUCGUCGUGCUAGCGCUACUGCUACAGCCGUUGCAGAUGUCCUGCUUCUUCAGGACAAUAUUUCCUGUGUACCGUUCUGCAUUGCCAAAUCUCGCCAGACAACUUCACUGGUCAAGCAAAAUGUGACCCUUGCCUUGUCAUCUAUCCUUCUUGCCUCUCUCCCAUCCGUCUUGGGGUUUCUUCCCUUGUGGUUAACGGUUCUUCUUCACGAGGGUGGCACUCUCCUAGUCUGCCUGAACUCAAUACGUGCCCUUAAUCAGCCCUCAUGGUCAUGGAAGCAAGAUUUUCAAAAUUUGGUUCGUGAUGCGAGAUCUAGGGUGCUCGCAACACGACAAACUAGUUCGGGUACCAUCCAAACUGCAUCUUUAUAGCAUAAAUCUCUCCUCCAUCGCCUCGGUAAUUAGGUUUAAUCGAUAUGGUUUAGAUGGUCAGAGUGGAAAAAUUGCUGAGUGAAAGGAAAUGACGUGAUUAUCCAAGUUAUUUAUUAACUUGUUUGGAAACCUGCCAUGGUAAUGUGAUUAUAAAUUUUAUUUUUAUAAUGGAAAAAUUAGGAGGAUUAUUGAGGAGAAUUAGCAGGAUAGUUGUGAGCAACUAGUAAGAAUUUUGAGGCUUUUAAAUUAUUAUUGGUAAUUGGAGCUAGUAAAAAGCUAAAUUAUUUAGGACAUAUUUGAGAAUAUUUUAGAAUGGGUGA